AGUGCACCAAUUCUUUUGAACUUUUGCGUUUCAUUUGUUUAUUCUCCUCUGUAGUUUUACGAACCGAAUUGUGGUGCGGUUUGCUUAAUCUGACUUUAGGAGAAAACUGAAAAAUAGUUUGUUGACUGCUAAAGAGGCAGACGAUAAUUUCGAAUUGCAAAUUUUUAUUUAUCCCCUCUAAAAAAUCUGCUAAAAAUGAAAUUUCCAUUGCAAACUUUUGCAAUAUUUGUAAUAAUAAAGUUUGGAAAUAGUUUUUCAUAACUUAUUUUUAAUUAUUUGCAGUUUUCUGAUAAUCAUUUAAAGACGUACCGUCAAAAUAGAUUCAGUGUUAAGAUCAUGGACUUGAUAAGGACCCCUAAGGGUGUUUUAUCAAGUAAUCUAAAUGGAACAAAAUGCUCGUGUGAGUUGAAAGUAGAGAAAGUUCGAAUGCUUGAUCGAUUUAACAGCAAAAAACCAAAUAUUGGAACUCUUCACCUUACUGCCACCCAUCUGAUAUUUAUUGACCCAGAUGGAAAAAAGGAAGCAUGGAUUUUACAUACACAUAUUGCUGCUGUCAUUAAACUACCCAUAUCCACUAUUGGUUCUCCCUUGCAAAUAAGAUGUAAAAAUUUCUUAUCUGUGACCUUUGUUAUUCCAAAAGAAAGAGACAGUCAUGAUAUAUUUACAUCUUUACUUAAAUUUUCACAACCCAUCAAUAUUCAAGAUUUAUAUUGCUUUCACUAUACUGCAUCAAAUGAAGAUUUACCUAAGCGAUCUGGUUGGAAUAAAUUUGAUUUACAGGCUGAAUUCUCACGAAUGGGACUCCCAAAUCAAAAUUGGGCUCUAACUUCUCUCAAUAAAGAUUAUAAAAUUUGUGAUACUUAUCCAAAGAUUUUAUAUGUGCCUGCCUCUGCUUCUAAUGGUGUACUACUUGGAAGCAGUAGAUUUCGUAGUCGUGGAAGAUUACCUGUGCUUUCAUAUUUGCACAAGAAUCAGGCUGCGAUUUGUCGAUGCAGUCAACCACUAUCAGGUUUCAGUGCUCGGUGUGUUGAAGAUGAGCAGUUGUUGCAUUAUAUGUUAAAAUCAAGUCCCAAUAAAGAUUUUAUGUACGUUGUUGAUACACGCCCUAAGAUUAAUGCUAUGGCUAAUAAAGCAGCUGGAAAAGGAUAUGAGAAUGAAGAUUUCUAUAAGAGUAUCAAGUUCCAGUUUUUUGGAAUUGAAAAUAUACAUGUAAUGAGAAAUAGUCUUCAAAAACUAGUUGAUACAUGUGAACUAAAAGUUCCUACUAUGAAUGCCUUUUUAAGUGGCUUGGAAAAUUGUGCAUGGCUUCGUCAUGUAAAAAGUGUCUUAGAAGCAUCUGCUUUUAUUGCUGAAGCUCUUGAGAAAGGAACAUCUGUUUUAGUUCAUUGUUCUGAUGGAUGGGAUAGAACAGCUCAAACAUGCUCUCUUGCAGCCCUUUUACAAGAUCCAUAUUACAGAACUAUUACUGGUUUCCAAGCUCUAAUUGAAAAGGAAUGGUUGGCAUUUGGUCACAAAUUUACUGAACGGUGUGGUCUUAUUCAGGGCGAUCCAAAAGAAGUGGCUCCAGUAUUUACACAAUUCAUUGAUGCUGUUUGGCAAUUGACUCAACAGUUUCCUACUUCAUUCCAGUUUAACGAACGGUUUUUGUUAACUAUUCAUGAUCAUGUUUAUUCUUGUCAGUUUGGCACUUUCUUAGGGAAUUGUGAGAAAGAAAGAAUGGAUCUUAGGCUAAGUGAAAGAACUUACUCCUUAUGGGGAUAUUUAAUGAACCAUUUAUCAGAGUUUCUAAAUCCUCUUUAUAGAAGAGAUGUUGAUGAUGCACUACACUUAAAUGCUGCUCCACAGACUAUAAAAUUUUGGAGGGGAAUGUAUAACAGAUUCGAUAAUGGUGUUCAUCCAAGAGAACCAUUAGGAGAUAUGCUUGUUGCUGCAAAAGAUCAUAUUUCUAGUUUAGAAGAUCAUGUUUUAUUGCUCCAAAAAAGAAUUGGCCAACUAAAGAAGAUUCUUGGUCGAGCUGAAACACCUAGCAAAAGUAUUGAUUGCUCGAUGACUGAUAGUGGAGUGGCUGAUGAUUUUGCCCAAAAAUUGAAUAUGACAAAAGCAGAUCAUGCUGCAGGUGAUACUACAGAUUCGGGAUUUGAAAAUGGAAAUAUAUUAGAAAUCAAUGAUACUCCAGAAGAUGAGUUAGGAAAUUCUCUAUUUUAUCAACUUCAGGAAGAAAUAGAAUCUGUAGCAAUAGAGUGGAAAACUCUAAGAAAUGUCAAAGAAUGUAUAUGUUCCACACCCUUUGACCAUUUUAGUAGAAAGUUUCACUGUUGGAGUUGUGGAGAGGUUUUUUGUAUCCGGUGUAUUGAUAAGCGAAUACCUCUCAAGGGUCACCAUCAUCGCAGGCCUGUUCCAGUUUGUCGUCAUUGUUAUAAAGAACUCAUGAGGACUAAUUCUAUAGAUUCUUAAAAUAGAAAAUUAUAUAUAUUUAACAUAAAAUAAAUAUAUAACUACAUAUAAAUAUUCUAUCGCAUAAUGCCUUUUUAAAAUUUAUAGUACAACUAGCAAUACGUUUUUUUUAUGUAAAUGGCUUACCCCCCACUAAUUUAGUUUUCUAUUUCAAUAAAUUUGAAAUUAAAAGUUUUGAAAUGCAUAAGUAUAUGCAAUAAAAUUAAGUUACAAAUAUAAUUAAACUUGGAUAAUAUUUUUUUUGUUUGUUAUUUUACUCUGAAAUGGGCAUUGAUGAAGUUCCUUAUAUUUUAAUAAAGUAUUCCAAGGAGUUAGAGCUUUUUAUCUUCUGUUGAAUAUCAAGGUCAGAUUUUUUCUCCGUAUUUAAUUUUAUGAAUAUAUAUAAAUAAAUUGUACAUAAAGGUUAUCAAUUGAAUUAAGUCACAAAGUAUUGUAUAAUUUAAGUCAUUUUUUUUAUUAUAUUUUUUAGUGUGCUGGCCACAUUUAUACUUACUGAUUUAUGUAUGAUUAUUGAAAUACUGAAUAUUUUGUUUGGAAUAUUGUUUUAUCUAUACAAGUUAAGAAAUGUAAAAUAAAAUUAUUUGAAAUGUA